CUGGCCAAAGUCACCAUCGUGGACCACCACGCCGUGGCCGAGUCCUUCAUGAAGCACCUCGAGAACGAGCAGCGCAUCCGGGGCGGCUGCCCGGCCGACUGGGUCUGGCUGGUGCCCCCCAUUUCCGGCAGCCUGACGCCCGUCUUUCACCAGGAGCUGGUCAACUACCAGCUUUCCCCAGGUUUCCGAUACCAGGCUGACCCCUGGAAGUCCUACAUCCCCAAAGGGACCACCAUCACUCGCAAGAAGACCUUCAAAGAGAUCGCCAACGCCGUCAAGAUCUCCGCCAAGCUGAUGGGUCACGUGAUGGCCCAACGGGUCAAGGCCACCAUCCUCUACGCCUCGGAGACGGGCAAGUCCAAGGCCUACGCCUUCCGCCUCAAGGAGCUCUUCCAGUCGGCCUUCGCCCCCAAG